UGCCACUUGUUGUGUAUCUUCCUUUGUGUCCCUCUGGUUUUUGUCUACUUUCCUUUUUUGGGUGAAAUCAGGAGAAAGCAAAAAAUCCUUAAUUUCUAUAGCUACAAGGGCUUCUCUCUCCCUUAUUUAACCUAUUUAUAAGGGGGGGCAGCGGAAGCUCAUCUAUAGUUGCUCGACUACACACUUUUUCAGCGAUUUCUAGUGGUCAUUGAGAAUAGAGAAUCCUAGGAAUGCUGAAAGAUGUGUUUGAAUGUCUGGGAUUUAAAAACUGAUCUUCUUGAGGAUUUGGUCUUAAUAGUGUUCCCAUUUUUCGUUCUUGAAAAGAUUGGGCCUAGGUUCGGCGAUCAUAGCAUCAAUUUUGGUGGCAAGAUGCAAAGUGCGUGGAGUAGCAGCACGUUGCCCGUUGCGUUAACAAAUGAGAAUUCAUGCACGGAUGGUUGAAUGGCGCUAAAUUAUAAGGUUUUGAAUGUAAGUUGUACUAGUCGGAGAGAUAGAUAGCUUAGUGCUUACUUAACUAGUACUAGGUUUAAUAGAUUUUUAUAUGGCAAAUAAAGGAAGCAUUCUGAUGGAGCGAUACGAAUUGGGGAGAUUGUUAGGUCAAGGUACAUUUGCUAAGGUUUACUAUGCUAGGAGUAUCAGAAAUGGGCAGAGUGUUGCCAUCAAAGUUAUCGACAAGGAAAAAGUUCUAAGGGUUGGACUCGUGAAUCAGAUCAAACGGGAAAUAUCCGUUAUGAGACUAGUUAGACAUCCUAAUAUCGUGCACCUUUACGAAGUCAUGGCAACAAAAACCAAGAUUUAUUUCGUGAUGGAGUAUGCUAAAGGAGGUGAACUCUUUAACAAGGUGGCGAAAGGAAAGCUAAAAGAGGACGUCGCACGAAAAUAUUUUCAACAGUUGAUAAAUGCUGUAGAUUUUUGCCAUAGCAGGGGUGUCUAUCACCGGGAUUUGAAACCUGAAAACUUACUGUUAGACGAUGAUGAAAAUUUAAAAAUUUCAGAUUUUGGUUUAAGUGCUUUUGUCGAGUCAAAGCGCCAAGACGGACUCCUACACACUAUGUGCGGGACUCCAGCCUAUGUUGCUCCGGAGGUGAUCAAUAGAAAAGGCUACGAUGGUGCGAAAGCUGAUAUUUGGUCAUGUGGGGUUGUCCUAUUCGUCUUGUUAGCUGGUUAUCUUCCAUUUCAGGACUCAAAUUUAAUGGAAAUAUAUAGGAAGAUCGGCAAAGCUGAAUUCAGGUGUCCAAGUUGGUUUCCACCAGAAGCCCGACGGCUACUUUCGAAAAUGUUGGAUCCUAAUCCAAGUACAAGAAUUUCUCUGGCAAAAAUUAGAGGGAGUACCUGGUUCAGGAGGGGAAUUUCUACUUCCUCUAAAUCUACGAUAGUAGACUAUGUAAGCACGGAUUUAGCUUCAGCAAAUACAGAGGAAAAGCAAGAGGUGGCUAGGAUUCCAAACUUGAAUGCAUUUGAUAUCAUUUCCCUUUAUGCUAAGUUUGAUUUAUCAAAAUUAUUUGAGGAACCUAUUUUAAAGAAAGAAGCUAAAUUCACAUCCUGGAAACCUGCGUCGGUCAUCAUAUCCAAGCUGGAAGAUACCGCUAAACGUCUUAAGCUGAAAGUUAGCAAAAGGGAUGCAGGAUUACUGAGGUUUGAAGGUACAAAGGAAGGACGAAAAGGGAUUUUAGCCAUCAACGCGGAGAUCUUUGAGGUCAUUGAGGCUUUUCAUUUGGUUGAAGUGAAAAAAUCAGAUGGCGAUACGUUGGAAUAUCAGGAGAUAUUGAAUGAAGGCCUAAGACCAGGUCUUCAGGAUAUUGUUUGGACUUGGCAAGAAGAAAAACAACCUCAGCAAUCAGAAGAUCAACUCGACGAGCAGCCAAAUGAUCAACUUCAGCAGCAACAGCAACAACAACUGCAGCCCCAACAACAUCUAAUUCAGCAAGAGCAAUUACCUUGAUGACGAUACACUUCCUUGUUCACAUUUUGUCGAGGUAGAUUCAGGAGUUAAACUUGAUGGGUUCAAUCUUUAAGGUUCUUUUGCUGAACUCAUUGUACUCUUGACGUUAUCGGUUUAGAAUUUAAUAUUGGUUGAAAUUCUAGUGAUAUUUUACAUUUUUACUUACGUUUUGUGUCGAAAAUACUUGAUUCAGUUGAAACCAUAGAGUAUACGCUGCAUCCACCUCUACAUUUUGUCCUAGAUGUACAUUGAGUAGUUGAGAUCUUCCUAAUUAUGGUGUUGUUUGUAAAAUAUAUCUCAAGUGAAGGUGCUUCGCGCUUUCAUAUUUUUCUUUUCUGUUUUC